AUGCCGUCCGUCACUUUCAUCAACGACACCGACAACAUCAGCAUCGCCAGCACAACUUCCUCCGCGUCCCUCCAUACCUACAACCACCACGCAACACCCUCCCUCCAACGCAGGAAAUCCACCAUUGUCGUGCACCGGCUCUCGCGCUGGGUCUCGCGCCGGAUCUCGCGCCAGGGAUUAAACGCCACGCCGAGCCACCCCGCCCACGAAUACGAGUCCGGCCACGACGAGACGAACCGGAUCAUCCCCGAGUGCGACCGGCAGCGAUGGCGGCGCGAGACGGAUGAGGAGACCGAGCGCGAGUUGCAGGCGUCGUAUGCGGCGUUUUGUCAUGCGUUUACGGCCGCGGGGGAGGGGCAGCUUCAGCACCAGCGGCGGCGGAGGGAGAUGAGGAUGGAGAUGGAUGCGGAUGCGGACGCGGACGGGAAGGUGGAGAGAGAGCCAGAGCCAGAGCCAGAGCCAGAGCCAGAGCCAGAGCCACGACCAGAGGCUGUCAUGACCCUCUAUCCCCAGCCGGCAGAACCGCUCUCACCACCUCCCAAGAUCCUCACGCCGUCGCUCUACGCCGAAAUGCGGGUGACCGCGCGCGAGAAGAAGCUCAACCGACAGCGACGGUUGUGGGGGCCUUUCCACUCUCUGUUCCUUCACCGGCGUCAGCGUGAGACGAGUUGA